AUGUCGACCACCACCGCUGCUGCUGCCUCGGGCACUAAGAGGGCUCCUCUCUCCGACAACCCCAAUGCCGCCAACUCGCCGCUGCGUGGGUCCUCGGCUACCGCCUUGGCACUACAGGGCUCUAAAAAGGCCGUCCGCUCCCAUGCCGAUCAGCUUAGAGAGGAGCCAUACGGUCAACCACCGCCGGCCAAGAGACAGAUGAUUGAACAUGGCGGUCAACGCGCCGCCGCCUCGCCGACGAGUGGAAGCAGGUCUCAUGUGUCCAACAUCAUGCGGAAACCCUCGACGAUAUCCCGGACCGCCGCCGAACGUGCUUCGUCCAGAACCACAUCCACCACGGCUACCAGCACCCGUGCCGAGAGGUCGCAUGCCGCCGCCUUAACCUCCACCACCACCACAGCCAACACCACCACUGCCGACCGCAUCACGGCAAAGGAACUCGAAGACCUCAGUAUAUGGCAAAGCUCUAUGAGAUCGCGCUUUCACAAGAUGGUCUUCUACUUUGAAAGCAUUCCCGACGACCAGCGUCACAAGCUCGCCAAACAAGUCGCUCAAUUGGGCGCUCGCGAGGAAAAGUUCUUUUCUAUCGAAAUCACCCAUGUCGUCACCACCCGCCCCAUCCCUCCCGUAAAGCCAGUCCAGGAUGAGAACCAGCCCGGCACCAGCACUCAGUCAGCCAGUGAACAGCCAAAGACGAUCGAUCCCUCUCUCCUGAGCCGCAAUGGCGAAUCUGUCCGACGAAAACUCAUUUUCGAUAAACCUUCAAUCCGGAAAUCCUCGGUGCAGCCCCAGGAAGAGACGAUGCCGAAGCCGAAAGCACGCAGCACCGAUAUCCUGCACCGUGCACGGGACAUGGGCAAGAAGAUCUGGUCAUUGGAUAAACUCCAGAGGAUCCUCGGCAUGGUACUUGAGACUGACCUGUACAAGGCUGCAUGGCUGGGCCGAGGUCAUACCCCCGCGGCCGCCGACAGGGCCAAGGCUCGCCAGCAGACUGCCAAUGUGCUUCAGAUGCUUCAGAAUGAGCGUGUGCACGGUCCCUCUGACCGUGAUCCCACAGUUGUUACCAAGGACAUCCACUACUUCAAGGGUCCUUACAUUUAUGUAUACGACAUCGAAGAGAAGACGAGGCCGAUCAUGGUGAGGGAGUACCACAGAGUUGCUGACAAGAAGGACGGCGAAUGGCCUCAGUUCCGGGUGGCGUCUCAAGGCCGUUGCCCAUUUGUUGAGGAUUACGAUCCCCCUGAGAGAACGAGGAGGACCCAAGCGAAGGAGAAGGUUACCAAAGCUGCGGAAGCCGCUGCUGCUACCGAAAAGGCCGCCGCUACCAAGAGCCUCCAGCCCCCUGAGGUGCCGUCACCCAAGCCGGUCACUGGAAAGCGUACUCUUAAGGAGAUGGAGGCACCCAACGACCGUGCUGCUGAAGUUGUUGACAACGUCCCUGAGACCGUCGAGUCGGUCAAGGAGUCCACCCCAUCGGUUGAUUUCCGUUCGCAGAAUGCCUUCAUGAGUCACACCACCAAAGUUGGCCGUCUGGUGGCUGGAGAGCCCGUUGCUUCUGGUAUUCAAGCCAACAAGCUCACAUCUGCCAUCCGCUCUCAGAUGGUGUCGUCCACCACCGGUGUCCUUGGCGCCAAGGCCGGUAUCAGCAAGGAAGUUUUGGGACUUCAGCGCAAGGUUCUUCAGAAGGCCAAUGUUCCUUCACUUUCGCAAGACUCUGGCUCUCGUCGCUUGGCCGAGAUUGGUGUAGAUGGUGCCCAAUGUACCCGUGCCGCCAGUUUGGGCAACCCAACGAGGCCUCCGAUGCCUGAGAUCUGGGAGGAUGAUGAAGCUCGGAAGCAGGAACAGGCCAAGAAGGAGAGGAAGCUACGCAGGACCGCGAGCACUCCCGCCCCUCAGACAAAGCCGAAGCCGCGCGAUCCCAAGCCGGGUUACUGCGAAAAUUGUCAGGAUAAGUUCGAAGACUUUGAUGCGCACAUCCUAUCCCGCAAACAUCGCCGCUUCGCCGAGAACGACGACAACUGGGCCCAACUCGACGCUCUCCUUGGCAAGCUCUCACGCGCUCCCCGCGAGCCGCGUUACCGGUCCGUGGAUAAUGAGAGGUGGUAG